AGCAGCAAGCGGAAACAGAAGAGGUAUAGUCAGAAUUCCGGAAAGAAAUUCUACCCAAGAGGAAACAAAUACGGAGACAAGCAAAAGGUGCAAGAAGACAAAUAGACAAGGCCGAAAGUGGAGGGAAAACAAAUGGCGUAGCUGUAAGUGGAACGAGGACAGACAAUGACUCAAGCGAUGGUGAAAGAUUGAGACUAAGCGAGAGCGAAAUGACUAGAACGGGCAGAAGCGAAGCACAAGAGAUAUCAAGCAGGGAAGGGUUGAACGAGAGAACGCACAGAGGCAGGGGAGACGUCGGCAUAGACGACAUGGGAAACUACGCGAGGCUUGUGCAAAAUGAUGACACUGGCAGUGUAUCCCUUCCUUAUUCUAAAAGGAACACUUUAUCUGACAAUACAUGCGAUUCUGAAUGCAAGGCUCAGACCACAGCUAGUAAAAAGAGCAAACGCGCAACUGUACCUCAAAAUAUGAAUACGAGCGACGGGAAGACAACUGAAGGGAACCAGCGCACGACUACCGCACCGACCUCUACCAACCUCACGUCAGCAUCUUCUGGAUCUAACAGAUCACCUGACACCCCUGCCAGUUCCUCGAAGCAGACGAUUUCCUCGGUGACUGAUCUGCUUUUCGUCGUACCAAACGAGAUAGUUAUCAAACCAGCUGAAAACAGCAAAGUGCAAAGCGAAAUCAAGACGACGGAGAAACUCAUCCAGACGUCGCUUGAGGGCCUGCUAUUGCGCGUGCCUGGCGACAGCAGCCGACAACAGCCGCACGAUGGAACCGACAGCGUUCCAUCCCAAGACUCGGAUUUGCCCGAAGUAAACACCGAGCCAUCUGAUGCAACCACACUGCGUGAGCUCACCCGGCAGAAUGCAAACGUGGCGAGUGUCACCUCUACCACCGACGCGACGUCAACGCAGUUCCAGGAUGAAACUCCAACCCAAAGCACCUCGAUACCACAUAAAGAUUCGGCAAUUCCAAAGGAAAACAAAACAGACUCCGCCGCAAAAGACACAACAGAAAACGGAGAGCACGAGCCGCCCGCGGAUAACACAGAAAACGGGAAAUCCAAGAGUAACUCAAUUACCCGGCAAGAGAAACUGGUCCUGCGCACAGCGUGCCUCCCUAUCGGGUCGCUGGGCAAAUUUAAGGUCCAGGACACUACAUAUCAAGUCAGGGGAAUGGGGGCAGGGCACAUAGCCGCCGAGUGCUGGCGAGAGGUCUCCAACGUGGUAAACGACCACAUUAAGCUUCCAUACCUCGAUGAAACGACUCUUGUGGCCACGACGGCAUUCUAUUUCAUCGCGACCAGUGCAAAUCUCAUUGAGCCCGAGAUGACGUAUGGCUACGUUAGAGUGGAACAAUUUCGUCAAGCAGCGGACACAA